AUGGCGGCGGCGGCCGAGCCCGGGGCCCGCGCCCGGCUCGGCGGCGGCUCCCCGCGCCCGGGCGGCCCGGCCUCCAGCCCCGAGCUGGGCGGCGGCGGCCGCGCGCGGCCGGGGCGGGGGCCGGGGCCGGGGCCGGGGCGGGGGCCGGGGCCGGGCCACUGCUUCCGGAAGGUGACGCUCACCAGGCCCACCUUCUGCCACCUCUGCUCCGACUUCAUCUGGGGGCUGGGCGGCUUUCUGUGCGACGCCUGCAACUUCAUGUCCCACGAGAAGUGCCUGAAGCUGGUGCUGCCACCCUGCGCCCGCGUGGCGCCCAGCCUGGUCCGGGUCCCCGUGGCCCACUGCUUCGGUCCCCGUGGGCUCUACAAGCGGAAGUUCUGCAACGUGUGCCGCAAGGCCCUGGAGGCCCCCGCGCUCCGCUGCGAAGUGUGUGAGCUGCACGUUCACCCCGACUGUGUGCCCUUCGCCUGCAGCGACUGCCGCCAGUGCCACCGCGACGGGCACCGGGAGCACGACCCGCGGGGCGCGCGGCAGCACCACUGGCGCGAGGGGAACCUGCCCGCGGGCGCGCGCUGCGAGGUCUGCAGGAAGACGUGCGGCUCGUCCGACGUGCUGGCCGGCGUGCGCUGCGAGUGGUGCGGCGUGCAGGCCCACUCGGUGUGCUACGCGGCGCGCCCGGAGUGCACGUUCGGGGUCCUGCGCAGCCUGAUCCUGCCCCCCACCUGCGUCCGCCUGCUGUCGCGCAACUUCAGCAAGAUGCACUGCUUCCGCAUCCCCGAGCGCGCGGCCGCGCCAGGAGACCCGGAGGACGGCCUGGACGGAGGCCCCGCCGGAGCCGGCCGGGAAGCGGUGCCGGAGCCCAACAAGCAGGCCCUGAGGGUCUUCGACGGCGACGACGCGGUGCAGCGCAACCGCUUCCUCGUGGUCACCGUGCCGCGCCCGGCCCGCAGCGAGGAGGUGCUGGAGUCGGCGCUGCGGGCCUACUACAUCCCGGACGAGCCCGGGGACUUCCAGCUGCAGGCCCUGCCCGCCGGCCUGGCCGGGGCCCCGGGGAAGGCCCCAAGCGGGGGUCCCGUGGAGGAGGGUGGCCACGGCCCUGCCGCCCGCGAGGCCAUGCCCGAGGCCUGGGUGCUCCGCGCGCUGCCCCGCUCCCAGGAGGUCCUGCGCGUCUACCCUGCCUGGCUCAGGGUGGGUGUGGCCUACGUGUCCAUCCUCGUGACCCCACAGAGCACUGCUGGGACCGUGGUGCAGGAGGUCCUCCCGCUUCUCGGCCGCCAGGCCGAGGGUUCCGAGAGAUUCCAGCUGGUGGAGGUGAUCAUGGGUAGCAAGCAAGUCCAGCGGACGCUGUUGGCGGACACAGAGCCCUUACUAGACCGGCUCCGAGAGAUCAGGCAGACCUCGCUGCGGCAGAUGAACCAGGCGCGUUUCUACGUGGCCGAGAGCAGGGCUGUGGCCCCCUGCGUCUCCCUGUUUGUGGGCGGCCUGCCACUUGGUCUGUCCACCCCAGAGUACUGCAGCCUGCUGGAUGAGGCCUUGGCUACCAAAGCUGGCCUGGUGUCCCUGAGCCACGUGUACCCCGCACAAGGUGCGCUGGUGCUGGAGGUGGCCUGCUUCGCCGAGGCCGAGCGGCUGUACAUGCUGGUCAGGGACACGGCCGUGCAGGGCCGGCCCCUGAGCGCCCUGGUGCUCCCGGAUGUGCUGCACACGGAGCUGCCCCCAGAUUGCCGCCCUCUCCUCGUGUUUGUGAACCCCAAGAGUGGAGGCCUCAAGGGCCGUGACCUGCUCAGCAGCUUCCGGAAGCUGCUAAACCCUCACCAGGUCUUCGAGCUGACCCACGGGGGGCCCCUUCCGGGGCUCCACCUCUUCUCCCGAGUGCCCCGCUUCCGUGUGCUGGUGUGCGGCGGGGACGGCACCGUGGGCUGGGUGCUCGCCGGCCUGGAGGAGAUGCGGCACCAGCUGGCCUGCCCUGACCCUUCCGUGGCCAUCCUGCCCCUGGGCACAGGCAACGAUCUCGGCCGCGUGCUGCGCUGGGGGGCUGGCUACAGUGGGGAGGACCCGCUUUCCGUGCUGCUGUCGGUGGACGAGGCGGACGCCGUGCUUGUGGACCGCUGGACCAUCCUGCUGGCUGCGCAAGACCCCAGCGGCGGGGAGGAUGGCAUGGCAGACGUGGAGCCCCCCAAGAUUGUGCAGAUGAGCAACUACUGUGGGAUUGGCAUCGACGCGGAGCUCAGCCUGGACUUCCACCAGGCACGGGAGGAGGAGCCCGGCAAGUUCACGAGCAGGCUCCACAACAAGGGUGUGUACGUGCGGGCGGGGCUGCAGAAGAUGAGCCACUCGCGCAGCCUGCACCGGGAGCUGAGGCUGCAGGUGGAGCAGCAGGAGGUGGAGCUGCCCAGCCUCGAGGGCCUCAUCUUCAUCAACAUCCCCAGCUGGGGCUCAGGGGCCGACCUGUGGGGCUCUGACAGUGACACACGCUUUGAGAAGCCACGCAUGGAUGACGGGCUGCUGGAGGUGGUGGGGGUGACGGGCAUCAUGCACAUGGGCCAGGUGCAGGGCGGGCUGCGCUCCGGCAUCCGCAUCGCCCAGGGCUCCUACUUCCGAGUCACCCUCCUCAAGGCCACCCCGGUGCAGGUGGACGGCGAGCCCUGGGUCCAGGCCCCCGGGCACAUGAUCAUCUCUGCCGCAGGCCCAAAGGUCCACAUGCUGAGGAAGGCCAAACUGAAGCCCAGGAAGGCCGGAACCCCCAGGGACGCCCGAAUGGAAGGAAUGCCCGCCCCCGAGGGAGGCCCUGAGUAGACACCUGCCUGGCGGGGCAGCGCCCCUUCACCCCUGCCCACAGGACCUCCCGCCACCACGCCCACGAUGGGGGCGCAGAGCUCCUACUGACCAUUUCUCUGCCUCUGGGGCCUGGCCCUUGUCCUGGAGGGCAGGCCCUGCUGUGUCCCCCACCCUUAGCUGCUCGAGCUGGGUGGUGCCCCCCUUGUGACUCUAAGACGCUUGAGCAGCAGCUAGAGCAUGUGCGGGGCUGGGGCACCUGCUGCUGUCUGGGGGCAGCCCCUACUCUCCCUUGGCCUCCUCACUGUGGAUACACUCAGGCCACUGGCUGACUGCGGGCCCCCUGGUGGCUCCAGAAUGACCCAGCCAUGCCAGGAGCGGACCCUGAGGCUGGCAUCAAACUCCACCCUGCACGGGGUCUCCCAGUGCCCCUGCUGGCAAGGCCCCCUCCCACAAGCCCAGGGGCCCAGCCUGUACCUCUGCUGGCUGCGGGAGUCGCCUCCCCUGGACAGACACGGCCCCACACCCGCCUCCCUGACAGUGACACCCUUGGUUUCACGGCCCUGUGUUUAUUUGCGUGGACUGGGGCGUCCAUCCCCCCCCUCCCCCCGCGAGUCUGUAACCUGCCACUGCCCGGGCGCGAGCCAGUCUGCGGGAAUACACCAGUGUCGCCGAGCUGCACCUCUGCUCUCUGCGCCAGGGUCCUGGGGGAGGGGGUCAGUGGGGGUCGCCCCAUGGAGGCCAGCAUGGCCAAGGUCCUCCCUGCUCGGGGGGGGG